AUGUACCGCUCGAAGUAUGUCACACCAAAAUCUAAAACUCCUCGAGUUAGAUCAGUGGGAUUGCCGCUAAAAUCUGUUCCUGAAGAACAGGUUAAAUAUGUCUCAGAAGUGACGGUAGGUUGAAUAUAACAGUAGUUGUUCACAACAGUCAUUUAAACGCGCAGCAUCUUCUUGGAACAGAUCCCUAUUUGUGCUAAGUUUUUGAAGAUAUAACGAAGUUUAUUUGAUUUUUUAGUUUUUGUUGCCUUGUAGAUUCAUCUUUCUACGAACAGGAGCCGAGAAACAAAUCCAAGUAAGGUAGGGAACAUGAUAAUUUGAACCGUAGCUAUUUUGAUUUUCCCGUGACAUUUCGCUUGAGCUAAAAAAACAGACAAAAGAAAGCUAGUAUAUUUUCCUUAACCAAAAGGCUUGAGGAAAAUUAGAAUAAAAAUCUUCGAUCUGAUUUACAACAGAACUGGUAAUGCAUCAGCCAGUUUGUACAAAAUUUUUGUUUGGAGGUAGUUUUUUUGUAAUGUUUACUCAAUCCAUUAUCCCAGAAACGUCCAAAUUGUUUAUGCUAAGGAAUAUUUGUUCAUAAUUUUUUGGUUGUGAAAAGCAAAAACAAAGCAUGUACCAAAUCAAACUGCUACUAAAUCAAAAAACUCAACCAAAACUUCCCGAUUCGCCAAGUUUUAUUUUUAUUUUUUUCAUUUUGAAUAUUUAUGUUAAUUUCGACAAAUUCAUCUCGACGUCUUCGCUGCAGGAACAUACUUGUUGAAAAGAAUGACAAUAAGGUGCACCUGCAUUACUUGAAAAAAAAAAAAAGUCAAAUGAGAUUUCUCUAUUGUUGGAAGAUUUGCUCUCAAACAUGUGGAAGAGAAGUCAGUGAAAAAUGAAAGGAAAAUUUUUUAUACUGUACGGGAUAUGUUAAAAAAAUAAUUGUUCUUAAAAUGAGAAGCCCAAACUAAACUAGAAAUAUCGAUGACAACAUUGAUACCCGAAGAGGAUCUCAGUCGACAGAUUAGUUCAAAUUCAAUAUUGUUUUGGGCGGGAAUAUCCCUGACUGGUACAUUAAAAUGCAAAUUCAGAAAGGCUUGAUAAUUAUUUCUCGAUAACCUUGUACUGAUUUUGCCCCAAAACUCUAUGGUUAAAGAUAUAUUAGAUAAAAAAAAAGUAAAUUUUAAUAUAAAGUUGGCCUGCACAGUUAAAUUGUUGGCUCAUUAGUUAUGAUUUUUCUAGUGAUUUGUAAGUUGCGGCAAAAAUCUUACGUUACAGCCAAACGGUUGAGAGUUUGAAGAUCCAGUAAUAAACGCUCACGGAUUUACAAGAAAAGCUAGUUUCCGACUGAAUUUAGACAUCAUUGCAGAAGAAUUAUGAGUUCGCAGAAGAAUAAUGGGAAGUUUUGAAAAUAAAGAAAUAGAUCAAUUCAGUAUCUGGUAAAACUACAAGAGUAAAGGAGAAAUGUUCUCCUCGAUUUUUCUUGUUUUUAAAGCAGCUUUGCGAGAAUCACAAAAUCUAAAUCUGUAGCGCAGUAAGUAACAUGCUAAUUGCAUGUUUUCUGUUUGAUUGACAGAUGCCCGGCUCACAAAAAAGUCCUCAACAGAAAGCAAGCAGCACGUCUAUCACCACCCCAGAGAAAAAUACUUCCGAAGAAACCUUUUCUUCGUCAGUAUGGAGCCAGGUGACUAAAAAGCCCGUGGAGGGUACGCCCAGGACCUCGACGCCGGAGAAGCAUGACUCCGUGAGUCCGCGAGGUGAACAGCAAAACAUCAGUGGAUUUCAAAAUGAGACUUUGUUUUCGAAAAGGGAAAGCCGAGAAGUUCGAAGAAAAUCUUUCUACGUAAGUAGCCCUGUUGAUUCGUUAUCAUACAUGUAACCGGAUUCACAGAGAAUAGAAAGCAAGGUUAAAUAGUGUAAAUCCAGAGGUCCAUCGAAUUUCAAAAAAAUUACAUACAUCUGAUUGUAAAAAAAUUGACUCCCAAAAACCGUUAGCAAUGAACGGUGGGACACAAAGGCUUUUUGAGUACUUAUGUGGGUAAGAACCACAAGUGGUUGCACGUGGUAAAGAAAAGAGUUAUUAUAAACAAAGAUUUUCAUGAAUAAUGUAAAAAGAACUGCUAAAUUGUUAUGUAACUGUGCGAGUAUUUCUCAUGAAGCCCAUUUGUCUGAUUGUUUAUGGAGCACGCUAUUUAGGUGUCGACGUUUUUGUAAUCGAGUGUAGACAUUUUAAGCCAGAUAUGAGAACAAAGUUUCGAAAGCAGUAUUCGGCUGAAAACGAUCCAAAGCGCUAAAAAAACUAAAAAACCUAAAUGACUGGCUUUAACAGACUACGAUUUAUUUUGGAAAGUGGAUACUGAAAUGAUUACACGAUAGCUGUGUGUUACUCCGAUUAUAAGGCCUAAGUCCUGUUGGAAGUCAAACCAUAAAAACUAGGUCAAAAUUUAAUAAAUAUUUUCUUCGGUUUUGUUUGUUUGUUUUUUUUUUUUGUCGAGCGUGGGACAGGAAAACCUGAAUCCCAACGCAUCUGACAAAAAGCAAAAGCAUCUCAACAACGACUAUGCUCAAAAUUUACCACCUUUCUUAUCUUAUUUAAAUCAAGGCUCCAAAUUUUGCUCUUCAAGGAGGUCCAGUCGUUUGAGACCCGCAGGAGUCGACAUACGUACACUCUCACAAAUGGAAGCCAACUGCGAAAAGAAAGAAAACAUUUUGAAAGAGACGCUUUUAAAACAAAGAAUUGACUCACUCACAGAACAAUUCACACAAAAGAACGGCGCGAUAUAAAAUCUCGAGAAUGUUAAGAACCUCAGCUAACGCGUUCUGCCCACGUACACUGUAAAUAAGACUUCGUGAACUGAGUACAGAUACUCAACUACUUCUUCACACUCUCUCUAAUGAAGAAGAACGUACUUAGAUUUUUACUCCGCUUAAAAGGUACUUAUGAUGUGAUUUGUUUUAAAACUUUUUGACUUGUUGAUGUUAAACAACGGUACAUUAAUUGCCUUCAUUAGCACAGUCUUUUUUGUGGUUUUCUGUCUAAAUUAGAGGCAAUUAUCUUUUGAUUAUGUAUGUUAUCGGCUCAAACAAAUCAACAUAAAUACACGUUUUCGUGUUGGCAAGUUCUUGUUAAAAGUUAUGGCCAUGAAUUACGAAACGCUUCACAAAAGCUUCAAUAAUCCAUGACAAUUCUCUCUUUGGGUGGAUCAUAUUGAUGCACAUGAAACUUUUACCAAAAUUUUGCAGGAUAACUAAGUGAUAUUCAAUAUGUUAUUUGCGAACACUUUCAUUACAGAUGUAAGCUGCAGUCACAGUGAGGUAAAAUCCUUAUGCGUAAUAAACACUGCUAUGACGCGUGCAUGGGAAACGCGUGUAGAAUGACUGACUGAUUGACUAACUGACAGAGUAACUGACUACCUUACUGACUGAUUGACUAUCUUGCUGGUCAGUUGACUGACAGAAACCAUAAAUUGACAAACAAGAAUCUUCGCAAAAGUCGCCUUAUUACGAAUUUCUUACUUCAUAGGAAACCAUGGCCACCGAUGGCGUAAAUUCAACACAUCAAUUUGUAAACAACGAGAAUAUGGUUCUCCCUCCACCGGAGUUUCCAACCCUGAACUCGCGCCGUGACAGCUCUCUAAAGAACCACUGGUACGUCGAUAUUGUCCAGCGGCUGGAGGACUUAAGUUGGAGUUAUCAGACAAUGGAGGUGGAGUAUGCUUUUCUGGAGAAGCUCAUGGCAGAACAAAAAGAGGAUCUGAAAAAAGCACAAAGCUGGAACAAUCGUCUCAGAAAUCAGCAAAGAGCGAAGAUUGCCAACUAAUGGCGGAUGAUCGGUGAACCUUCUAACAAACUUUUAAGUCAGCUUGUAGUACUUUUUCAAAACAUUUUGGUAUUAUCUGGUGGACAAGACCUUUGCAUGACUUCUGAUGUAAUCACAAAUAUGAGUUAUAAGCCUUCGUACAUCGAUCGCCAACGCAUCUUCAACGCAUUUAUGUUGUACUCAACUAUACGGAUCAUCCAAUCAAUAUUUUUCAGAGAGGUUCACAAAAAAACGUGUAGGGAACUCGGCUUUGGAAAUGAUUUAACUAAAUCUAAACACAGAGAGAGGUUGGAUCAAGAGUUCGGGCAAGAUAAAAAUUCUCCCUGUUAAAAUGUAAACUCAGGAGUAAAAGGCUUUUCAGAAGGUGGGACUAAUUUAAAUUUUCGCCUUUUUUCACGUUUUUGAGGAAAAACCUUUAGUUAGAGCUUGAGAUAAGGUUUAGUAAUGACGAUCCUGUAAAAAUGUAGCAAACUCAUUUGAGAAAAAAAUUUCUCGGUUCUUCCUUCUUUCCAUCUGUUUUUAUCACCUAGGGUAGAUCAGUUCUUGGAUCAAAUAUUAAAGAUAAUAAUAUUAAAUGUUGGUAAGUACAAUUUCAGAAGGGUGAGAUGAUUAAAGUUUAACCA